AUGGGUUCACGGUCCACCAGAGGCCGAAACGGGGGCGUGCCGCCAGGGAAGUGGUAUGGCGCCCUACGCCAGCAGGUGCAUGGAAGGUGGAUAGCGUAUGUCUACGACCUGAACGGCAAGGUGACGAUAUGGCACAGCUGCUUCAACACAGCCGACGAGGCCAAGCACGCCCUUGACCGGACCGCCCUUGGCCUUCACGGCAAACCCACCGACGUCAACUUCUCCGGGCCAGCAGCGGCGCCGCCGCCGAUGUCCGGGGCUGCGUUGGAAUCUUGGCAACGGGAAGGCGGUGCAGGGUACUCGCACUCAGGGUACAUGCCCUGGCAGAGUGGUGGCAAGCGCGAGACGCAGGGCCCGGAGUACAUAUUCUGGCAGGGUGGUGAGGAGGGCCCUCAGUUUCCAGACUUCCAUUACUGGGAGCAUGGGAAUGGCCGUUCGUGCUAG